CGGUAAAAAAAAAAAAAAAAAACGGCUAAUUUCCUUCCGCCGACCUAAGAAAAUAUUAAAGGGCAUCCGUCUAGACAUUCGAAUAUUCGUUAAUUUGCUGGGUUAAGUAGCGUCGACGACUUUUGUUCUUCUCUUUCCUCCUCACUUCCUCUCUCCUCAUCUUAUCGUCGACGAUUUCCGUUUUUGUGGCCCUGCGAUUUCAUCCGAUAAUCUCUUUCAUCAUUGUUUGGUAAGAUCUUCGGUUACCUUUGAUUUCUGACUUUUAAUUCUUGUUCAAAUUGAGGAAAAUCGCUGCGAUUUUCUAGGGUUUUGCCUUCGAUUUUUUGUAAUAUUGAUUCCUCCCAGAUCUGGGAAUUCUAAGGCUACAUACCCGUUGUUUUUCAUCAAUUUCAUUGUGAUAUCAUUGAUUUUGGAUUUGAAUUGUCUGUAAUUGAACGAUCUCGUUGUUUAGGGUUUAAAAAAAAAUUCAUAGUUUUGAGAAUUAGGGUUAGGGAUUCUAAUCCUUAAAUUGUUUUUUCUUUUUCUCGUUAAUUGAGGGAAUUUUUGUGUGUGCUGAUAUUAUGGCGGCUGGUAAAAUCAAUGUGUCAAGGAGUGUAGAUCUUUCUCAUGUUUCAAGAAAAACUUCUGGGAUUCGUGCUAAUGGUGUUUUUGAUUUUGGAGAUAAGAUUAGGUCUAAUUCUGAAGUUUAUGGAGAUUUGGAAUAUGUGGGUGGAAAGAGGGGUGUUUUUGAAGAAGAUAGUAUGGAAUUUGAUGAUGGGAUUGUGCUUUCGCCUCUGCAGAAGAGGAGGAAGUGCUCUCCUGUUAUGAACCUUGAUGAUGAUCAGGAGCCGGGGCAGCUUGACGAAGAGGAUUUCUCUCGGGCGCCUAAUAUUAUGAUGUCUCGUUGGGCGAACGAUGAUGACCUUGAGGAGUGCAGUAGGGAAAAGAAGGGUAAAGGGGACGAGUCGAAGGGAAGAAGGUCGAGUCCUGAGAGUGGGGUUACACAAAAGGAGAGUUCUGAUUAUUCUGGAAGUCGGUCUUCUGGGUCUGAUGGAGGAUGUGUGCGGAGAUACUAUAGUGAGGGUGAAUGUUUGGAAAGCGAAUUGGAGGGUGAUGAAUUGAUGGAGAUUGAUGUGAGUGAUGAUGAGGACAUUGAGGCUGGAGUUGCAGGGCAAGGAAGGAGAAAUAUGCUGCAAGGUUGUAGAUCGGUGUUUGAUUACGAAAAACUUGGUAAAAUUAGUGAGGGUAGUUAUGGUAUUGUAUACAAAGCAAAGGACAAGGACAGUGGUGAGAUGGUUGCCUUGAAGAAGAUGAAGUUGGGAAAUCAAAGAGAGGGUUUCCCAGUGGUUUAUUUGAGGGAAAUUAAUACUCUUAUGUCCUUGAACCACCCUUCAAUUGUAAAUGUGCGAGAGGUAGUGGUGGAUGAAAGCGCCGAGGGAUUUGAUAACAUUUAUAUGGUGAUGGACUAUGUGGAGCAUGAUCUUAAGGCGCUGAUGCAAGCCAGGAAGCAGCAUUUUAGGCAGAGUGAAGUGAAGUGCUUGAUGCUUCAACUUUUGGAAGGUGUUAGUUAUCUUCAUGAUAAUUGGGUUCUUCACAGAGAUUUGAAGACAUCAAAUCUCUUGUUGAAUAAUUCGGGUGAGCUGAAAAUAUGUGAUUUUGGAAUGGCACGCCAGUAUGGUAGCCCGUUGAAGCCUUAUACUUCAUUGGUGGUUACUCUUUGGUACAGGGCUCCUGAACUUCUUCUUGGAGCCAAGGAGUACUCUACAGCGGUGGAUUUGUGGUCAGUGGGUUGCAUAAUGGCUGAACUAUUGACCAAUAAACCAUUAUUUGAUGGAAAAACUGAGUUAGAGCAGCUUGACAAGAUAUUCAGAACACUGGGCACGCCUAAUGACAAGAUUUGGCCGAAGUAUUCACAAUUGCCUGGGAUCAAAGCUAACUUUGUUCAACAACCGUAUAAUCAAUUGCAUAAGAAGUUCCCUCGUGCUUCUUUUACAGGCUCUCCAGCACUUUCUGAUUCAGGGCUUGACUUGCUGAGCCGGUUAUUGACCUAUGACCCUGAAAUGAGGAUAACAGCAAAAGAGGCCCUCAGCCAUCCCUGGUUCCAAGAGGUUCCUCUUCCAAACUCUAAAGAGUUCAUGCCUACUUUCCCAGCAUACAAGGUAGUUUUGGCAAGAUGAGGCUUGAUGCUUGACAUUGUCUUAUCAUUGAUCGUAAUGGGUUCUCUUAUCAUGUCUCUGUGGACUUCACCUGGCAGUACUAGGCAUCUAUGGCUGGUUAUUUGAGGCUGGUUGAAUGGCUAUCUAUUGGCGGGGGGUGGCAGCUUGGGUUGGACAGAUUUGGAACAUGCAGUGAAUGGGAAGUGAAAUUUGCAUUAAUUGUUUCUGGGAUCUAUUACUUCCUGUGUCUCUGUUGUGCUUUUACAGAUACAGUCAGGCACAUUGUGGUGGGGUUUGCAGCAAUGGUUGGCUAUGAUGUGCUGCUUUGAUGAUGAAUUGGUGGUUUCGCAUAUGAAUACAGGAAGUAGCAGAAUUUUUUUUUGACUGAUAUUACCUUCCUGAAUAGGAUUUACUACCAUUGUGUCAUGUGCUCUUACAGAUCUGAGCCUGUUUUGGAGGUUGGACAUAAGUAGCCAUUGUGAUGGAGCAGACUUUGUAAUUGAAAAGGAGCUGCAUGUCUGAAUUCGAAAGAAAAAAAAAAUGUUUCAGGCACCUGCAUUAACAUGUAAGGUGUGAAGUAGCAAUUCAUUUCUCCAUGAUCAUAUUUUGCCUCCCUUUCAAUAGUUCCUUAGUCAUGAUUGUUUUGAACUUUCUUUAAUCAUUUUUGCUUUUAUCUCAUACACUAAUUGGUGGAGAUUUGAGGAAACUCUUGUAAAUAAAACAGUAUUUUUAUGUACAUUCUUCCUUAAUUUUAUACACUGCCUUUGGAGUACCAUAAAAAUUAUAUAUGAUCUUUCUGUCAUCUUGACCUGUUCUUAAUGUUCUACAUGCACUUAUUUUUGCAAGAAUUGCUGCAUAAAAAGGGGCACUGGAAACUGUUAACCUCAUGCCUCAAAUAAAGGAGAUACUUUUCAAGCUUUUCAGGUAUUUACUUGAUAAUGGAUUGCAGAUGUGGCAGUGCAAUGCUUGAAGUUGCUUUGUGAAACUGUUGUGCUGGUUUAUUGUUUAUGUUUCUGGUUCAUCUUUGCUUGCAUCCUCUUCCAAUUUCUAAGCGCAUGUAAAUGUUUAAGCCCUUUUAGGGUGUCUAAACUUGAGCACCAUUGAUGUUAACUAAUCCUUAUUUAUUUUUAUUUUUUUUUAAGAUUUUGUAUUUUCUGUACAUAAGCUUUCUUUCGCAUUAGCUUUCAUCAAAUUUGUUGCUGACUACUGCUUCCUAGAUCAUUAGCACUUCAUACGAUUAGGUCCUACAUGUCAGAAGGUGUUUGACAUGAUAUAUUGCAAUGUAAUAAUUUAAAACUGUGUGCUACAAAUAGUACAGGCUCCAUCCAUUAGCUGGCUAUCUGUAAUUUAUAGAUUAUUAUUUGGUUCUUGAACUUGUUAUUUGAUUUAUUAUUAGAGAAAUGUUGUAUAGCAGGCUGAUGUUUGUGGCAACUUGUUAUGUCAUUAAUAAACCUUUUUUGCCUUAUUUGGUCUUUUCUCCUUUGUGUUUGAUCGAAGCAGAAGAGUUGAUAUUGAAUUGGCAAUUCUUCACUCUAGGUUCGUAGUCAUCUCCAGGUAACUGUCUGCCGUUCUCUCUAGGUUCGUACUCUAGCAUUCUGCAGUUCAGCAUUAAUCUUUGGAGUUGUGCUGGUAUGUUAACUGCAUGGUCUUCUGCUCUUAGCUGGCAUUCCUUGCAUGAAUUUGAUUAUAAAAUUCCUGUUUCCCCUGGAUGUGUGAGCUUCAAAAGAGAUGGACAAAUUCAGGAUCAGCUGGAGCUUUGUACUCCGUACUUCAUUUAUGGUAAACUGAGGAAGUACUGUAUCUAUGUUUAACUUGCGAUUAUUUAUUUAGAUUGAGUGGUUUUGCUUUUUCUUUUCUUGUUUUUUUUGGUUGAUAACAUUGUAGAGGUCACGACCAAGAUUCGGAAGUUUGGGCCGCAACACUUGAACAACUUUUUACAUCAAGGAGACUCCUGUAAUGCUUUACCAGUACAAACGGUAACUUCUUUACAUUAUAAAAGGUUAGGCCAGCCUCUUCUCUGGGGUGAUACAUGUCUUUCUUCUAGCUGUUGAAUCAUAAAGCACAGCAUUCUGAAGUUGUUAGUAUUUAUAUAGCUUUAGAAGCAAAUAAAUCGAAGUGAGUAUAAUUUUUCUGUGAAUUGAACCUGGGUCACUGAAUUGGUAUAUUUGUAAUUGUUGAUGAGUUAAUAUUUGGUCGUAUUCAGUGCAUUUUUGUUUAUAUUUUUUCACAAUAUAAAACUCUGAUAGGUUUCCCAAUAAAUUGACAAAUUGUAAUGUCCAGCUGUCAGAAUUUUUCUGCUUAAAACUACAUGAGUUGGAUUUACUAAUAUAGUGCUAGGCAAUCAGAGCUUAACUCUUAUCAGAUCUCAGCGCCUGCUCUAUCCUGAUCCAAAUUAGAGUCGAAUAUAAAUGCAGAGUAUUUACUAAUAGUGGUGGUUGUCUCUUAAGUCAUGCUGGAUUAAGACGGAAGUAUUUUGUUUGGUAAAUCCCAUAAAUUCAUCAUGCACCGAACAAGUUGAGAUGGAAAGCUGCUUUUCAUAAUGACGAGAGAGUUCAUGUGCUUCAUCCUUCAUGUUCCCACUCUUAUCCGAUUUUUGAUAUACUACCUCUGUUACAGGUUAUAUGCAACGAUUAGACAUUUUUCUCUCUGCUUUAUGUCAAAUCGUUGCACAUAACCUGUAACGGAGGUAGUACUUGUAUUCCUUGGGUUCUGUUGCUCGUACUUUUAUUUUUGGUUUUUUUUUUUAAUUUUUUUUUUAAGAAAAUCUUGUUGUAUGUAGCUGCAGUUUGAAAUAAUGAUGAUGAGCAGACGAGUCAUUGAAAUCUGAUGCUUAUUUCGUUUACUUUACAA